UUAGGCUGUAAUUAGGGGAUCUGGGAGGAGAACUUUCCUGGUGACGCUUUGCUUUUCUUCUGCUCUUGGUGAGAAAGUGCCUCCUUCUUCCCAGGACCAGGACCUCUGCCAUCCAGCGCCACAAAGAGACAUUCUGCGCACACACAGACACACACACACACUAGCCCAGAGGCAAACUUAAGGUGAGGAGAAAGAGCGCUAGCUUCACUUGAUCUCCAGCUUCCAACUUAAGCAGGACUUGAGAGCAUCUGAAUUUCUGGAUUUCAGGACAAGUGAAGAAGAUUCUUUGGGCUAUAAAGAUGAAGAGUCUACUUCUUCUGGUGCUGAUUUCAGUCUGCUGGGCUGAUCAUCAUUCAGACAACUAUACUCUGGACCAUGACAGAGUUAUUCACAUCCAAGCAGAAAAUGGCCCCCGUCUACUCGUGGAAGCAGAACAAGCCAAGGUGUUCUCACACAGAGGUGGCAAUGUCACACUGCCAUGUAAAUUUUAUCGAGACCCUACAGCAUUUGGCUCAGGAAUCCACAAAAUCCGAAUCAAGUGGACCAAGCUAACUUCGGAUUACCUCAAGGAAGUGGAUGUUUUUGUUUCCAUGGGAUACCACAAGAAAACCUAUGGAGGCUACCAGGGGAGAGUGUUUCUGAAGGGAGGUAGUGAUAACGAUGCUUCUCUGGUAAUCACAGACCUCACCCUGGAAGAUUAUGGGAGAUAUAAGUGUGAGGUGAUUGAAGGCUUAGAAGAUGAUACUGCUGUGGUAGCAUUAGACUUACAAGGUGUGGUAUUCCCUUACUUUCCACGACUGGGGCGCUACAAUCUCAAUUUUCACGAGGCACAGCAGGCCUGUCUGGACCAGGACGCCGUGAUCGCCUCCUUUGACCAGCUGUAUGACGCCUGGCGGGGCGGGCUGGACUGGUGCAACGCCGGCUGGCUCAGCGAUGGCUCUGUGCAAUAUCCCAUCACAAAGCCCAGAGAGCCCUGCGGGGGCCAGAACACAGUGCCUGGCGUCAGGAACUACGGGUUUUGGGAUAAAGAUAAAAGCAGAUACGAUGUAUUCUGUUUUACAUCCAACUUCAAUGGCCGUUUUUACUAUCUGAUCCACCCCACCAAACUGACCUACGAUGAAGCGGUGCAAGCUUGUCUCAACGAUGGUGCUCAGAUUGCAAAAGUGGGCCAGAUAUUUGCUGCCUGGAAACUUCUUGGAUACGAUCGCUGCGAUGCAGGCUGGUUGGCGGAUGGCAGUGUCCGCUAUCCUAUCUCUAGGCCAAGGAGACGCUGCAGUCCCACAGAGGCUGCGGUGCGCUUCGUGGGUUUCCCAGAUAAAAAGCAUAAGCUGUAUGGUGUCUAUUGCUUCAGAGCAUACAACUGAGGGUGCCCCUAGAGCGCGUCAGUUUUAAAGUCAUUAAGAACAUGUGAAAGGUUUUGUUUUCAAUAUGAACUCAUGCAAGUUACCAAAACUGUGAUAACCCUUUUUUACUUACUGUAAAGAGUCAUUUUUCAUAAAGAUCAAUUCAUUAAUUUGUUUUUGUAAAGCUAUCAUUCAAUAUAUAUUAUAAAUUAAUAUAAUUUUAAGGGAAGCUCUACAUAAGAAGGCUUUAGAGCUAAACCGUUUAAGCUAUAUCAUCCCAACAAAGUAUCCUUUCCUGAACGGGGCAUGCAAUAGCUUGAGAAUUGCUAGGAUUAAAUUAAGGAAAGUAAAGCUACUCAGAGCAGCAGCUUUCACAAGCACAAAUUUUACACAUUUGUACAAUUUUGAAAUGCACUGCAAUAAACAAAUUAAAAACAGUGGAUUUGAAAUACAGGCUUCUUUACAUAAACUGAGAAGUUAUACAAAACUCAGUUUCACAAGGGAACAAUCUACACUUUUCUAGAAGUUCAUAUUUCAAGACUCCAAUAAACAGAAUAUUUUACUCUUUAAAAUCCUGCCUUUUUAACCAAAAAAAAAAAAAAAUUCAUAUUGAUUCCAAUGCAUAGUAACAAGCACAGUUAAAACCCCUUAAUAAUCCCAUUUAUAUGAAGUAUGAGACUUAAAUAAGCAGAUAAUAUUUAACCAAUGAAAGACCUACCGUGUUAUAAUUAAAAUUACACAUGUCUAGGAAGAAUUGUUUUAUCUUUUGAGUAGCUUUACUGAGUUAUAUUUAAAUUCUAAGGGCCAUUUGCUAAGCAGCAUUUAGCAUCUACUCAGGGCAGUUAUAUAGAUAAACUGCUGGACAGAAAAAUGGUAAAAGUUAGCAGCUUGAUUUUAUGUUAGCCUAUAAAAUGUUAUUGUCCUACAAACAUAACUUUAAACUAUUUAAUAUUUCUUUCUUAUUUACAUUACAUGAAAAAAUUACAUCAUAAAAGGAAUGAAUAUCUGUACACUUGCCUCACCAAGAAACAAAGACUCAACUUUCAAAAUUCUUGUUAUUCCUAUUUGUAUAUACACUAGGAAGCCCAUCUGGUGCCUGUGUUUGGGGAAAAACAUCAACAGUGUAGUCCUAAACCUUCUCUCAAAUAGAAAAUGUGGUCAGUGGUGUCACUUUCCUUGCUGGUCAUCAUUGGGCUAAAAUGAAAUGCUGAAGCUGUCAUCAUCACAGAGUUUACACUAAAAUCUUCAGGCCUUUAAAUGAAAGGUUAAGUCCAGCUUCAACAACAACAACAACAAAAACUUUCCACAUUAGCAGAUCCAAUCUUAAAUAAAGCUCUGUUUUCCUAUAUUUUUAUGACUGCUGAGACCCCACAGGGACCAAUAUUUGUAUUCAAAUCACAUUUCAUGAUUUCCCAUUGUUUUGCAAUGAGUUCUAAUAAAUGGGAUUUAGUACAACAAUCCAAGUAUGACAUAGCUGGUAUGCUUUCAUGAAUGUUUUUAUGUAGAUUUUCCUUCCAUGAACAUGAGUAAAUAAAUCUGUUUCCUGAAUUGAUUGUGGUUGCAUUUAAAGCUCCGUAAUAAUUCUAAUAAAUUUACUCUAUAAAUGUAGAGUUAUGUGUGUGGAAGGUAGAGAACAAUUGGAAGUCCAUGAAACCAUAUUCGUAUAUUAGCUAGACAAAAUAUUAUAAAUAAAAGCAGAUAUUUUCUUUCAUCAAAAACAUAUCUGGAAAUGUUCAGAUGCUUUAAUAUUAAAAGAUGACAAUGUAUGCAUGCACGUUUUUAAGUUAGGUUGGAUAUGGAAAUUGUACAAAACUAUAAAUCCAAAGAGAUUGUGAGUUUAAACUCAAACAUUGUUGGUAUAAGUAGAACUCGCAUUUCUAAAUUAAAGAUACCUGAAUGGUUUAGAAUAAGAUGAUUAUAUUAUUUAAAGAAGGGACUAUCUCCAAAGUAAUAGUUCUAACACCUCAAAUAUGGGGGACAGCUCACUGGAGAAAGUCCAUACUUGAACUAUUAUUAUCUAUGCUACAAGAAAUUUGUUGAGAAUGUAAGUGGGAACAAAUUUCUUUUGAAGCAGGCAUAUAAUUUUCAACUAUUGCAGAACUCUACCUUUAUAAUGUUAAGCAUAGUAGCAUUUCUUAACUUUUGAAUACUUAUUAGUAUAGGAAUUGGUGCUGAUUAAAAUCUCUGGAAUGACUGUUAACUGAUUAAAAUCUAUACCAAUUGCACACCAUUUUGCCAUUCUUGUAAAAAACAAAAAUGAAAAUCUUAACACAAUGAAUACUGCUGAGCAGAAUUUUUAUCUUCUGACUUUGCCCAAAUGAUCAGAAUUUCCAUGCCCUUUAGACUUCUACUUGAAUGAGUCUUUUUAAUGUUCUCAUUUUGCUGUUUUUCCACCAAAUGUCUAUUUUCCUACUUCAUUCCCUGAGAUAUCUCCCUGAGAAUAUCUGAAAAAGAAAGGUCACCCUAGUACAAUUCCUAACAGAAUAUUGGUACAAUACUGGCUAAUUCAUAAAUUGCUCCUCAGACUUGGAUUCCAAGAGUAUCAGAGGGAUGAGAUGGAAGACUGAGCUAGGAAAAUUUGUUUUGAUUAUUUUGUUCAUAAUUAACACUUGUGACCAUAUAAGGAAGAAAGUAUAUCUGCAAAUUUCACUGAUGUCUACAUUUGAAAAUCCAAACAAAAAGAAGCAAUUCAUAUAAAAAAGACAGAUUAGAAAUGAAAACAAGUUGGUCACAUUAACACUGGAAGCCAUCUUUGAACAAUUGCUGUCGUAUUUUAUCACAAUAAUUUUUAGCCAAAUAUGGUAUUUGUAAGUUUAAACUUUCUCUCAUAAAAAGGGGGCCGGUACCUGUUAAAGUGUUAUCUUAUGCAAUAAUAUAGUUGCUUAUUAUUUUGGCAAUUAGAAGUAGACUCAAAGGAGAUUCCAAUUUGGUUGCUGGCAGCCAUACUGGGUUUCUUGGUUUUAGUACUCCAAAGAAUAGGUGGUCUAGUGGAAUAGCUGACCACUAAGGAUGAGAGGAUUAAAGCGGAAUCACUUAUCAGUUUUAGCAUAGAAUGCAUUAAGGAAGAUAGAUGGAUAAUUCACAUAGUUUUUUUGAGAAGUUAACUGUAUCAUAGCUCACUACUGCCAGAGCAGCAAUGGGUGUACAAUGAAAGAUAUGAAAAGUACAAGUCAUUAAACCACCUGAUUGAAAGAAAAUCAUAUUUAAAGGCAUUUCAUAGAUACUGAGUAUACAUCUGAGGAGAAGAACAAAUCUGUAUUACAAAAAAAAUGUUUUCAUUUUCUGUAAGAUACAAUGAACUGGUAAACAAACAUUAAAAGUCAAUUUUGUGUUAUUGCA